AUGGCUACGUUGGCGCCGCCCCUCUCGCCGCGGCAAUGCACCGGCUUUUUCGAACUACCACAUAAGAAAUGGAGACGCCGUAGAGUCACCACGGAUCUCAUGCAACAAGAAGAACGCGAUAGAGUCGCCCGCGAGGCCGAGCUGGAAUCCAGAGCCCGCGCUUGCAACUUCCUCUCAACCUUCCUCCACAGCUCUCCCUGGACAGACCAGCUCGACCAAAUAACCAUCGUUUGGGACUGUGUCCCUUCCAUGGAGGAACUUGAGUCCUAUGGCGAGCUGGACGAAAAGGAAGGCACCCGCAACUGUCGACGACUCUUCAAGGCUGUCGUCGUCUGGGACCAACAAGCGUCACCUGCCCCUCUGCCCAUGGCCAUGGAGCGCACUUCCGCUGAUAUGACCGAUGCUUGGUGGCAUGCGCCGCCCGACAACUCGUUUCGACGUGGCUCUCAGGAAACUUCCAACUCCAGCCUCGCCUCGCGCGGCUCUGGCGCCACCAACCCCUUCUCGCUAGAACGUGACUACAGCACCUUCUCCUCUCUUAGCAGCUCACCUUGUGAUAAGAGCUACAUGGCUUCUGCCUGCCAGACUCGCAAGCGCAGCGACUCCCUUUCGGCCAUGAUCCCCCGCGCCAUCUCGCAAGGCUACGUCUUUGCUGUCAAGAAGACCUUUGGUGCCUUCUCUGAGAAGCAAACUGUGUAA